AUGGAACCAAGGAACCAAUCACAUAUUUUGGAAUUCAUCCUUUUGGGGCUCUCAGAAGAGGCAGAGUUACAGCCACUCCUCUUUGGACUGUUCCUGUCCAUGUACCUAGUCACCUUCACUGGAAAUUUACUCAUCAUCCUGGCCAUCAUCACAGACUCCCACCUCCACACACCCAUGUACUUCUUCCUCUCCAACCUCUCUUUUGCAGACAUUUGCUUCACCUCCACCACUGUUCCAAAGAUGCUGUUGAACAUGAAGAUGCAGAAUAAAGUUAUGACCUAUAAAGAGUGCAUCACUCAGAUGUAUUUUUUCAUUCUUUUUGGAGCAUUAGAUGAUUUCCUCUUGACAGUGAUGGCCUAUGACCGGUUUGUGGCCAUCUGUCACCCACUGCACUACACGGUUAUCAUGAAUCCCAUGUUCUGUGGCCUAAUGCUUUUGGCAUCCUGGUUACUGAGUGUUCUCUACUCUCUAUUGCAUAGCUUAAUGGUUUUGCGACUGUCCUUUUGUACAGAGUUGGAAAUCUCCCACUUUUUCUGUGAACUUAAUCAGGUAGUCCAGCUUGCCUGUUCUGACAUCUUUCUCAAUAACUUAGUGAUGUAUUUUGCGAUUGGUAUUGUGGGUAUUAUUACACUUACUGGAAUCCUUUUUUCUUACAGUAAGAUUUUGUCCUCCAUUUUGAGAAUUUCAUCAGCAGGGGGCAAGUCUAAAGCCUUUUCCACUUGUGGGUCUCACCUCUCAGUCAUUUCCUUGUUCUAUGGUACAGCUCUAGGAGUUUAUCUUAGUUCUGCUGCUACCCCAAACACCAAGGGCAGUGCAAUAGCCUCAGUGAUGUACACUGUGGUCACUCCCAUGUUGAACCCCUUUAUCUACAGUCUUAGAAAUAAGGACAUAAAGCAUGGCCUAAGAAAACUCUUCAACUGA